AUGACGAUCGGCCGUUCUCCACCCGUCGCUACAUUCGACCGCAUCACCUACGUCGACAACAAGCGCGCCGCCACUGAUAUCUCAUAUGCGCGUUCCUUCACCUCGCCACCCUCCUUCGUAGUCUAUAGCGAUAAAUUCGCCCACGAUGUCAUCGGCAGCAGCCCGCAGCUUACCCUAGUCACCUCUCGCACGGGCCAGAAUGACAGGUUCGCCCACGAAGCAGGGGUCUACGUACCAAGCACAAACAGCGUCUAUUUCACAUCCAACUACCAAACCAGCGACCCCACGAUCGACCUCUACGCUAUUAACCUUGACACCUGGCACAUCGAGAAACUCAACUGUAAGCCCGGUUUCGACGCCGUAAGCCAGCCUAAUGGCGGUUGUAAUUACCAGGGUAAGGUCCUCUACUGCGCCCAGGGUGAUAUUGGUCGGUCGAAAGGCGAUGGCAGUGACAGCAGCAGCGACAAGCCAUCCGCCCUAGUUCUUGUCGACCCCGUCGCUGGCACCACAGAGACCAUUCUAAACAACUUCUACGGCCGUGAAUUUUCCUCAAUUAAUGACGUCGUCGUUCACCACGGUACGGGGGACAUCUGGUUCACGGACCCGCCAUACGGGUACCAGCAGGCAUUUCGCCCGACUCCUUAUUUGCCAAAACAAGUAUAUCGCUUCAGUCCGGCAACGGGCCAAUGCUGGGCCGUCGCGGACAAGUUUGAGAUGUGCAAUGGGCUUUGUUUCAGCCAGGACUACAAGCGCAUGUAUGUCACGGAUACGGGCGCGAUACAGGCCCACGAUGGAAUCGGCAAUGGGCAUAAUUUUUCAUUCCGCGGCACGGGCCUGGCUUCUAUUUAUGUUUACGAUGUGGUUGAAGGCGGCACGAAGUUGGCGAAUCGGCGGCUGUUUGCCUAUUGUCACCAGGGGGUGCCGGAUGGGAUCAAGUGCGAUGAGAAAGGAUAUGUGUAUUCUGGGUGCGGAGAUGGGGUGCAUGUUUGGGAUAGUGAAGGGACUCUGGUGGGGAAGAUUGUUGUUGGUGGCGAAACGGCGAAUUUCUGCUUUGCACCAGAUGGGAUGUGGAUGUUUGCCGAGGAGAAUCUGUGGUUUUGUAAGUUGAAGGCCAAGGGGGCGUUGGUGCGGAUUGAAAGUGGAUCGCGUGAGUGA